AUGUCUGGUAUUGGUAAAGGUAGAGGAGCUAGAGGCACCAAUGACCUCAUGGAACGCAUGGCUCAGAUUCUAGAAGCCAUGGUGCAUAAUCAAGGUGGAAAGUUGGUUAAGUAUCAAGGGUUGUCUGCCUUCACUAGGCAUGAUCCUCCAAGGUUUGAGGGUGGAUUCAAUCCCGAAGGAGCCCAAAGAUGGGUGGCUGAUGUGGAGAAGAUCUUCAAUGCUAUAGGGUGCCGUAAGGAGAACAAGGUUGCUUAUGCCACCUAUUUGCUGUGUGGGGAGGCUGAGGACUGGUGGAGGUUUGCCAGACAGACCUUGCCACAAGAAGAUGGUUAUAUUCAGUGGGAAAUGUUCAAGACCAUCUUCUUAGGGAACUACUUUCCUCGGGACCUAAGGAAGCAGAAAGCUAGGGAGUUCCUUGAACUGAAACAAGGAAACAUAACUGUAGGAGAGUAUGCUGCUAAGUUCCAAGAGUUGAUGAAGUACUGGCCUCAUUAUCAGCAUGAUGAUGGAGAGGAGAAUUUGUGUGCUCAGUUUAAGCAUGGAUUGAGGCCAUACAUCCGAGCUGCAGUCAGUGUAUUUCAACUGACGGACUUGCCCACUCUAGUGAGUAAGAGCAGAAUCUUUGAAGCCAACUCAAGGGGGAAGACAGUGGACCCUAGGGGAGUUGGUCCAAUAAGGCAAGAUAGGAGACCCCCUAGGUUCUCAAGGGGACUGUAUUCGGGUUCAAAUAGCUCUCAGUCUCGAGGGAGUUCAUCUCAAGAGAAGAGCAGUGGGAGUGGUUCAGGAUCAAGUUCUUCCAGAGGGUCGCUCAAGUGCUUCAAGUGUGGAGGGCCACACAUGGUGAGCGACUGCCCACAGCUAAGGAUAACUUGUAGCAAUUGUGGGAAGUCAGGGCACGUUGCCAACGAGUGCUGGACCGCCAAGAGGGGAGGCAGUACAAGUACAGCUCAGAGGCCAGAAUCAAGAUACAGGGCAGAAGCUGAGCAUUCCUGGUAG